CGCCGCGCACCGCCCCCGCCGCCCGGCCGCGGCCAGUCGUCGUGCGCCUGGCGCCUCACGUGUCUGCGCCUAGCCCCGCCCCUCGGCGCGGACUGGCGGCGCGCGCUCGUCACGUGGGCGGGGCGGGAUGGGCGGGGCGGGGGCGGCCUGGGCCCCGCCCCUUUGCGGUUGCCAGUCCGGCGGCGCCGCUGGGUGCGCGUCCGUGGUGGACCUCGGUGCGUCGCCCCCGCGCUGGGCGGCGGGCCCUGUAGCCCGGCGGGGUCCUACGGGGGGCGUUUGCCCGCGGCGCCGAGCGUGCCCAGACCCCCCGGACAGGCUCUUCCCGGGCUCCGGUGACCGCGGCCCCGGCGGUCGGGCCGCGUUCGCGGAGCCGUGUCCCCUUCCUGCGCGUGGCGAGAGGGCCGGGAGCGGGGCCUCUCCCCGAUCCGGGCCUCCGUUGAAGAAGCCGCAGAGACGGAGGUAUGGCCUGCUGGCCAGCAGCGACGACCCCGCGGAGACGGCAUCGCUGGACAGCGACGAGGAGGUCGUUUUUGAGACGCGGAAUCUGAGAUGACGCUCCGGUCAGGGAGGCGGCGUUUCAGAAGCCCCGGGGAGAGGACCAGCGAUGGACCCUGCUCCCAGUAUCUGGUGCACCCCUCUGACCCUCCUGCCGGCUUUGACACGGACUCCCAAGAGCCCGCACGGGUCCUGCCUCGCUCGCACCUCAGCCCGAAGCCGCCUCGGCCCUUCGCCCAGACAGGACCGUGUCGGACGCUGGGUGGAAAUCAGAGGCCCCGGAGAACGGCAGGACUGUGACUGGUGCUGGCCCCCUGCUCCGUGGGGAUGGGGCGGCCCCAGCGAACUCUGGGUGGGUGGGUGGGGCGGCAGGGGGGACCUGUCUGGGGGCGUCUUCCCGCGGGGCUGGGGACAAUAAAGGCCGUUGUG